AUGACGGCCGAUCAGAUUAUGAACACAAUUCCCUGCGUCGGUGUUGCAACAUCCUCUCGCAUUGGUAACUUGCUGGGAUCGCGGAAUGCAAAGGGUGCCGUUCAUUCUGCCCACUCAUCCGCUAUUCUAGCCCGUUUUUUAGCUAUUCUGAUAAGUACUCGAUACCACUUUGCCAAAAUCUCCGACAAUGACACUCAAUUUGUAGAGCUGGUAGCGGACAUCAUACUCUUGGUGGCCCUAUUCCAGAUUGCUGAUGGAACUAACGGAAGCUGUGGUGGUAUUCUUCGAGGUACGAGACGCCAAAAUCUCGGUGCUACCGUUGAUAUAUGUGUUGCCCUUUACUGUGCUGGUAUCUUAGAAUGGGUCCUCAUAGCUUGCAGUGAUUGGGAGUGCACAAAGACUCCAAGCGCAUGGACACUGUCGACCUUUUGGAAGCUGGUAUUGGGUAGCAAAUCGGAGACGAGGAGUGAUAUGACGGGAUUAUUUCUAUUUUUACAAUAG